AUGUUUCGAACUCGAGUUGCUGCAGCAGCGACCCGUUCCCUUACAGUCCGACAGACAUCAUCUUAUCUCCACCGCCCGCUGGCCAGUUUCCGCCAGUUUUCCGGCUCUGCAACUGCCCUUCAGAGUCUCCCAGUGCGAAUUCACGGGCGAGGCACCGGCACUCUGCAAACCAUCGAUGUGGAGGGAAAGCCAUAUAAGAUACAGACCGACACGUACCCGGUCCUGGGCGGAAGCGACUCGGCACCGUCCCCUGUGUCCUACUCCUUGGCCAGCCUAGGCUCUUGCACUCAAGUAACCGGAUCUGUGGUUGCCAAGGACCACAGCAUCAAGCUUGGGCAAUGGGACGUUGCGGUUGAAGGCUUACUGCCUACUGCAGUGUUGGUCAAAGGCGAGCAGGGUAACCCGAACUGGGAGAAGAUCGUUCUCAAGGUGAAAGUUCAAACGGACGUCAAGGGUGGCAGCGAUGAUCCGAAGUUCAAGCAUUUUGUCGCCGAAGCAGAACGGCGGUGCCCAAUCACCCAGCUCUUCAUCCGCAGCGGAGUUGCAGUCAGCAGUGAGUGGACAAACGAGCCUCUCUAA